CCCAAAAUGAAGUAACGAACACGCUCCUCUCUCUCUCUCUCUCUCCUCCUUUCUCCUCGCACACAGAAACUCUUUCUUCCUAUAACUUGAAUUUCCAUUUUCCCGCAACUUUUCUCUGCUCCGAAUCACCAACGUUUGCUGCAAUCUUCACCAAUACUCCUUACUCUCUGCAAGGGUCUCUGUAAUUACUGUUCUUUAUGAUCUCUAGAUUCAAUCUAAGGUCUCUUGGUUUAAAUACCAUUAUCAUCAAUCUUCUACGUUAGGCUGUCGAGGAAUCGAAGGACAGAAAUGGAGGCUUUGUACAAGAAGCUGUAUGAUAAGUACAGUAAGCUCAAGACGAAGAAAAUUUUCGAGUUGGAUGAACUCAAUAAAGAGCAAGAGGUGAAGUUUCUUAAUUAUGUAUCUGCUGCGGAGGAGUUAAUACAUCAUUUGAGAAGCGAAAAUGACCGACUGCGUGUGCAAGUUAAUGAAUUGAGAAAUGAAACGGCUUCAAUAAGGUCCACCAAGGAUGGACAAUGUGCGGAGUACCAAAAGCUUUUAUUAGAGGAGAACCAAAAAAAUAAAACGCUAUCCGAAGAAGUUGAGAGGCUCCAAAGGCUGAAUCAAGAGGGGCUCUCUUCCAGUUCAAAGAGUGCCAACACUGAUAAUGUACAACUGAAUACAACUCAUGGUACUCAAGUUGUUUCAGGAAAGGCAUCCAUCGGCUCAAGCAGAAGAAUGACAAAAAAGCGCAUCCGGGAAUCUGGGGUUGAGACUGAUCUGCCUAAUGGCCCUAGCAAAAGAAUGACAAGAAGCCAAAGCCAUGAACCUGGGGCUGUUAGUGAUGGUGUUGAUGAUGCCAUUGUAAGAGAUACAGUAGAGGACUUAUCUGAGAAAACUGUGUUCAGUGGGGCUCUUGCAUAUGAUCAAUUGCCGGAAUGCUGUAAAAGAAUUGCUAAUGGAUCAGGCGGUGAUAUUAACGAACAGGGCCCAGCUAAUUGUCUGUUCCAAGCUUUUGUUGAGUACUUAUUGGGCAUGAAAUUGUCUGCUAAGAGUCAAAGUGAAGGAAUAUCCAUUUCAGUUGUGCAUCAGUCCAGUGGUUACUCAUUCAGUUUAACAUGGGUUAACAAAGCUGCUGGAGGGGAAUGUGAGUUGCUGUAUCGUGUCUUAUCGCUUGGUACAUUUGAGAGGGUGGCACCAGAGUGGAUGAGAGAGAUGCUGAGGUUCAGCACAAGCAUGUGCCCAAUCUUCUUUGAAAGAGUAGCCCGUGUGAUAAAGCUGCAGUGCUGAUGGUCUGUUGCUAAUUUCUCUUGAUAAUGCUUAUAUUUUUCUAUCCAAGACAAUGUGGUUGUGAUUAGUCUGUUGUCUGAAUACUGUUUGUAUAUGCGGCUAAGAUGAUUUUAGGUUUCCUGCAUGCUUUUUCACAAUUGUCAUGUGGGUAAUCAGAACUUAAUGAUGUGUAAAUUCAGCUUUUUCACAAUAUGUUUCCAUCCCCAUCACUAUGAAUUGGUCUUGUAAGAUGGGUAAACUAGGGCAUUUUCAUUGAUUUAGAUUUCUUGGCUGAAGUAUGAUAAUUGUUACUGUAUUUGCCUA